GAAAAGAAAACCCUCCUCUCAACCCCUCUAUCUUCUCUCAAUUUCUUCACAACCCCAUGAUUAAGAAUCUCAUGGUUUGACUUUGCGUUUGCCCAUCAAUUAUGGAGGAAGAAUCAUCAUCAUCAAGAUCACUCCUCUUGGAGGAUUUUGGUCAGAAGGUGGAUCUUACCAGGAGAAUCAGAGAAGUUUUGUUGAAUUACCCUGAAGGGACUACGGUUCUAAAGGAACUGAUACAGAAUGCUGACGACGCCGGCGCCACCAAGGUCUGCCUUUGCUUAGACCGAAGGUCUCAUCCCACCACCUCCCUCUUGUCCCCUAAACUCGCCCAGUGGCAAGGCCCUGCUUUGUUAGCGUAUAACAAUGCUGUCUUCACUGAAGACGAUUUCGCUAGUAUUUCCAGGAUUGGUGGGAGUGGCAAGCAAAGUCAAGCUUGGAAGACUGGUCGUUUCGGGGUUGGCUUCAACUCAGUGUAUCAUCUGACUGAUUUGCCAUCUUUCGUCAGUGACAAAUAUGUAGUCCUGUUUGAUCCUCAGGGUGAUUUCCUUCCAAACAUUUCAACAUUAAAUCCUGGAAAAAGAAUCGAUUAUGUCACCUCAUCAGCCAUCUCUCGAUACCAAGAUCAGCUUUCUCCAUUCUGUGCCUUCGGUUGCAACAUGAAAACUUCUUUCCCUGGAACUAUAUUUCGUUUCCCUUUAAGAAAUGAGUCUCAAGCAGCAAGUAGUAAGCUCUCAAAGCAAGCCUAUUUGCCAGAUGAUAUUUCUUCAAUGUUUGAACAGCUAUACGAGGAAGCAGUUUUCACACUUCUGUUCUUAAAGAGUGUAGUUUCUAUUGAGAUGUAUGUAUGGGAUACUGGGAUGUCUGAACCUAGAAAAACUUAUUCAUGUUCCAUUAGAUUGAAGGAUAAAGAUACGGUUUGGCAUAGACAGACACUUCUGAGAUUAUCCAAGUCUAUGAAUUCUUCAGAUGAUAAAACUGAUGGAUUUUCUUUAGACUUCUUGAGUGAAGAUAUAAAUGGAGACAAGAGGGUGGAUACCUUUUACAUAGUGCAGACAAUGGCAUCAUCAUCUAGUAGAAUAGGUUCAUUUGCUAAAAGUAUGUCUAAAGAUUAUGACAUUCAUCUCCUACCUUGGGCAGCUGUAGCAGCUUGCAUCUCAGACAAUUCUUCCAGAGGUGAUGUUUUGAAAGAUGGUCGUGCAUUUUGUUUCCUGCCUUUACCUUUAAAAACUGGAAUGACAGUGCAAAUUAAUGGAUACUUUGAGGUGUCAUCAAACAGACGUGGCAUUUGGUAUGGUGCUGACAUGGACAGAAGUGGAAGAAUCCGGUCUCUUUGGAACAGGCUUCUUCUAGAAGAUGUUGUUGCUUCUUCUUUUGUUAAGUUACUGCUUCAAGUCCAACAUAUACUGGGUCCCACAAACUCGUAUUAUUCUUUAUGGCCUAUUGGUUCAUUCGAGGAGCCAUGGAGCAUUAUGGUGGAGCAUAUUUAUAAAAACAUUGGUGAUUCACGUGUAUUGCAUUCAGAUCUUAAUGGUGGGAAAUGGGUUUCAGUAAUGGAAGCUUUUCUUCAUGAUAAUGAGUUUUGUAAAAGUAAUGAACUUGGUAAAGCUCUUGUACAGCUAGGAUUGCCUAUUGUUCAUUUGCCUAUUGCCUUGAGGGACAUGCUUUUGAAAUUUGCAUCUAGUUUGAAAGUAGUCACUCCUGAUUCAGUAAGGAAUUUUUUAAGGAAAUCGAAAGGUGUUAAUAAAAUAAGCAGAGAUUUGAAGCUAGUGUUGUUGGAGUAUUGUCUUGAAGACUUGAUUGAUGAUGAUGUUGUUACACAUGCAUAUGAUCUACCUUUGGUUCCUUUAGCAAGUGGUGAAUUCGGGUCAUUUUCUGAAAAAGGUGUAUCUUAUUUUGUCUGCAAUGAAUUGGAAUACAAGCUCUUACAAAAGAUACCAGAUAGAGUAAUCGAUCAAAAUAUACCUGAAAACAUACUAACCAGACUUGCAUCAAUUGCUAAGAUCCCUUCAGCAAACAUACUUCUUUUUGAUGUUAAUUCCUUUCUCCAGUUAUUCCCCAAAAUCAUCCCUGCUGAUUGGAAAUACAAAACUUCAGUUUCCUGGGAUCCAGAAUCAAACCCUAAUCAUCCUAGCUCAACAUGGUUUCAUCUAUUCUGGAAGUACCUUCAUGGCAACUGUGAAAGCCUUUUGACUUUUGGUGAUUGGCCUAUUUUGCCCUCGGUUUCUGGUCAUCUUUACAGACCAUCAAGACAGGUGAAGCUGUUGAAUGUGGAUAAGUUGUCUGACAAGAUGAAGGGUAUACUCGGUAAAGUGGGGUGCAGGAUUCUUAACAGCAGCCAUGGUGUUGACCACCCUGAUUUGGUCAACUAUGUACGUGAAGCUGAUGGUGAUGGUGUCUUGAAGUCAAUCUUUGAUGUUGUCUCUUCAAAUGAUGACAUUAAACAGCUUUUUCUUCAAACCCUAGAAGCUGUAGACAGGGACGAGCUUCGUCAUUUUUUUCUUGACCCAAAAUGGUAUAUUGGGAACAAUAUGUCUGAUACUGAAAGAAGGGCAUGUAUGAGACUUCCAAUCUUUAUGGUGUUUAGUGAGGAAGAAAACUAUAGCUACUCUGGAUUAGAAGAACAAAAGUUUUUACCUCCAUCUGAUUGUCACAAGUCCUUACUCUGUAAUGACUUUGUUAAAAGUUCAUCUGGCAUUGAAGAUGAAAUCUUGAAUAAAUACUAUGGGAUUGAGCGAAUGGGGAAGGCUAUAUUUUAUAAACGAUACGUUUUCAAUAAGGUUAAAGAAUUGGCACCCGAGUUUCGUGACAUCAUCAUGAUGUCAGUUUUACAGGAGUUACCACAUUUAUCCACUGAGGAUCCAACAAUUAAAGGGCAUUUAGCAAAUCUUGAAUUUGUUCCAACUGCUAGUGGUUCUUUGAAAUGUCCAACAGUGCUUUAUGAUCCUAGGAAUGAAGAAUUAUACGCUUUGUUGGAAGAUUCUGAUUGUUUUCCACAUGGUGUUUUUGAGGAAUCUGGAAUUCUAGACAAGCUACAAGGUUUGGGUUUGAAAACAUCUGUGUCUCCUGAAGCUGUCAUACAAAGUGCACGCCAGGUGGAAUUGUUGAUGCAGAGUGAUCAACAAAGGGCUCAUUCUAGAGGAAAAGUUCUUCUUUCUUAUCUUGAAGUAAACGCAUUAAAAUGGUCACCUGAUGUUUCUGAUCAAGGAACAAUGAACAGGAUGUUUUCACGAGCUGCAAGUGCAUUUAGAUCAAGAAAUCUAAAAUCUGAUUUGGAGAAGUUCUGGAUUGAUCUAAGACUGAUUUCAUGGUGUCCUGUUCUUGUUUCAUCUCCAUUUGAAUCAUUACCAUGGCCAAUAGUGUCAUCCAUGGUUGCACCUCCAAAACUUGUGAGACUUUUUUCAGAUCUAUGGCUUGUUUCAGCAAGUAUGAGGAUAUUAGAUGGAGAAUGUUCUUCAACUUCAUUAUCUCAUUACCUCGGGUGGUCAUCUCCUCCUUCAGGAAGUGUCAUUGCUGCACAGCUUCUAGAACUUGGAAAAAACAAUGAAACUGUAACAGAUCCUGUUCUUCGCCAAGAAUUGGCUUUAGCAAUGCCUAGGAUAUACGCGAUUUUAAUGAACAUGUUGAAUACAGAUGAAAUGGAUAUUGUGAAGGCUGUUCUAGAAGGUUCUAGAUGGAUUUGGGUAGGUGAUGGAUUUGCAACACCAGAAGAAGUUGUGAUCUCUGGUUCUCUUCAUUUGGCUCCUUAUCUACGUGUCAUACCUGUUGAUUUAGCAGUUUUCAAAGCUUUAUUUCUAGAGCUUGGGAUUCGGGAGUUUUUAAAGCCGAAAGAUUAUGCUCAGAUUUUGGGGAGAAUGGCUAGAAUUAAAGGCUCAACUCCUUUAAAUUCACAGGAGCUUCGUGCAGCUUUACUAAUCUCACAACAUCUGGCUGAAGUUCAGUUGUAUGAAGAACAAAUCAAGAUCUUUUUACCAGAUGUUUCGUGUUUCUUGGUUGAUGCCACUGAUUUGGUAUACAAUGAUGCUCCAUGGUUGAUUGGUUCAGAAAACGAGACCUCAUUUGGAAAUCCAUCAAUGGCACUGAAUAUGAAAAGAACUGUUCAUAAAUUUGUGCAUGGAAAUAUCUCGAAUGAUGUUGCAGAAAAGCUCGGUGUUCAUUCACUUAGGCGUAUGUUGCUUGCUGAAAGUGCUGAUUCGAUGAAUUUGAGUUUAUCUGGAGCUGCUGAAGCAUUUGGUCAACAUGAAGCUUUGACCACCAGACUUAAACAUAUUCUUGAAAUGUAUGCAGAUGGGCCUGGAACUCUGUUUGAGCUAGUGCAAAAUGCAGAAGAUGCAAAAGCUUCUGAGGUGGCGUUUCUUUUGGACAACACACAUUAUGGGACUUCUUCUGUUCUUUCACCCGAAAUGUCAGACUGGCAAGGGCCCGCUUUGUAUUGUUUCAAUGAUUCGGUUUUCAGCCCACAAGAUUUGUAUGCAAUAUCAAGAAUUGGUCAAGAAAGUAAACUGGAAAAACCAUUUGCAAUUGGAAGAUUUGGUUUAGGGUUUAAUUGUGUUUAUCACUUCACUGACAUUCCCACUUUUGUAUCCGGGGAGAAUAUUGUCCUUUUUGAUCCUCAUGCAUGUCACUUACCUGGAAUAUCUCCUUCACAUCCGGGAUUAAGAAUUAAAUUUUCCGGAAGGAAAAUAUUGGAACAAUUUCCUGAUCAAUUUUCUCCAUUUCUUCAUUUCGGAUGUGACAUGCAGAACUCAUUUCCUGGAACACUCUUUCGGUUUCCAUUAAGAAAUGCUAAAGCUGCUUCAAAGAGUCAAAUUAAAAAAGAAGCAUACUCGCCUCAAGAUGUUACAUCACUAUUGACAUCUUUCUCAGAAGUUGUCUCGAAGACAUUGCUUUUUUUGAGAAACGUGAAGACUAUCUCCAUAUAUAUGAAAGAAGGAGUUGGUAGUGAGAUGCAGUUAGUUCAUAGAGUCCAUAAGGAUAGUAUUGGUGAACCCGAACGUGAAGCUGAAGCUAACACAUUUCAGCUUAUGGUUAAUUUCAUGCAUGAACAUAAAGAAGGGUCAGAGAAGAAUCAUUUUUUUGAUAAAUUGAAAAGACCGAAUGACACGGGGUUGCCUUGGAAAAGUCAGAAGCUUUUGUUGACCGAGAAAAGUCAAUCUGAAGAAAAGUCAAAUGUAUGGUUGACUAGUGAAUGCUUCGAUGGUCGCCAAAGUAAAAGAAACAACAAAUCUCAUAAGUCUAUUCCAUGGGCUUGUGUGGCAUCAUGUUUGAACAAUAUGGAAGUUGAAAAGAAUUUUGAAGGGCAGGCGUUUUGUUUUUUACCACUUCCAAUAAAUACAGGUCUUCCUGUUCAUGUGAAUGCAUAUUUUGAACUAUCAUCUAAUCGAAGGGAUAUAUGGUUUGGGAAUGACAUGGCAGGUGGAGGGAAAAAACGUUCAGAUUGGAAUCUUUAUCUUCUAGAAGAAGUUGCAGCUCCAGCUUAUGGUCACUUACUCGAAAAACUCACAUCAGAAAUCAACAAUUCUGAUUUGUUCCAUUCCUUUUGGCCAACAACAGCAACAUCAGGACCUUGGGUGUCAAUGGUGGAAAAGCUUUACAAAUUUGUUUCCGAUUCCGGCCUUCGUGUGUUGUACACUAAAGCAAGAGGUGGUCAAUGGAUUCCAACCAAACAAGCCAUUUUCCCUGAUUUUACCUUUGACAAGUCAAACUUUCUUGUUGAUGCAUUAUCCAAUGCGGGAUUACCCAUGACAACAAUUCCUAAACCUCAUGUGGAAAAAUUCAUGGAGUUUUGUCCGACUCUGCAUUUUCUGACUCCUCAGUUGCUAAGAACUUUGUUAGUUCGCCGGAAACGUGAAUUCCGGGAUAGGAAUGGAAUGAUCUUGGCACUUGAGUAUUGUUUGCUUGAUCUAACAACCCCGAUUCAAUCUGAGAACUUUUAUGGUUUGCCACUUUUGCCCCUCUCAAAUGGUUUGUUUACAGUGUUUGAAAAGAGAGGAUCGAGUGAUAGAGUUUAUGUCACACGUGGAGAUGCUUAUAAUCUUUUGAAAGAUUCUGUUUCAAACCACCUUGUGGAUUCUGAGAUUCCGGAUGCUGUUUAUGAAAAGUUAUGUGAUAUGGCAAGAAGUGAAAGUUUCAAUGUUUCGUUUCUGAGUUGUCAUUUGCUUGAGAAGUUGUUUAUGAGGUUACUUCCAACAGAAUGGAUGCACAUGAAGGAGGUGAUGUGGGUCCCUGGGCAUCAAGGGCAACCUACUUUGGAAUGGAUGAGGUUGUUAUGGGAUUACCUAAAUUCAAAUUGUGAUGAUCUUUCUGUGUUUUGUAAAUGGCCGAUUUUACCAGUUGGAAACAAUCAUCUGUUACAACUUGUGGAGAAUUCAUAUGUGAUUGAAGAUGAUGGGUGGAGUGAGAACAUGUCAUCAUUGUUGCUCAAAAUAGGGUGUCUGUUAUUGAGACAUGACAUUCAAUUAGAACACCCACAGUUGAACAAAUACGUGCAGUCUCCAUCAGCAAGUGGUGUUCUAAAUGCAUUAUCAGCAAUUUGUGAACCAGGGAAAAUAGGUGAUCUUUUUGAUAAUGCAUCAGAGGGCGAGCUGCAUGAGUUUAGAAGUUUCAUUCUUCAAUCCAAAUGGUUCUCUGGUGGCUUACUUAAUGCAUCACAUAUCAACAUCAUCAAACAGAUUCCAAUGUUUGAGUCCUUCAAGAGUAGAAAGCUGGUUUCUUUAACUAAACCUACUAAAUGGCUUAAACCAGAUGGCAUUCUAGAAGGUCUUUUGGAUGAUGACUUUAUUCGCAUUGAUUCAGAGAAAGAAAGAAAGUUAUUGAAAAAGUAUUUAGACAUCAGAGAACCUUCUCGAGUCCAAUUUUAUAAAGGCUAUGUGUUCAAUCGCAUUCCAGAACUUGUCUCUGAGCCUGGGAUUCUCUUGGCUAUUUUUGAUGAAAUUCGUGUUUUGAUUAAGGAAGAUAGCUCCUUCAAGAAAGAACUUAUGAUGUCUCCCUUUGUCCUUACCAAUACUGGAUCUUUGCUAGAACCACAAAGGCUAUAUGAUCCUCGUAUACCCGAGCUAGAAAAAUUUCUGCACAAGGAUUUGUUCUUCCCUUCUGACAAAUUCUCUGAUCCUGAAACUUUGGAGAUGCUGGUUACCCUUGGACUAAAGCAAACCCUAGGCAUCCAGGGUUUGCUUGAUUCUGCUAAAUCGGUGUCUAUGUUGCAUGAUAAAAUGGAACCAGAGGCUGUUGUAAAUGGAAAGAGACUACUUGGUUGUUUAGAUGCAUUGGCACUCAAGUUUUCAACUGAGGAAGUGGAAUUCAGUUUUAAUGAGUUUGGGCCAGAUGAUGAAGCAGAUAACUACUCAAGAAACACUCCUGAGGCGUUUCAUGAAGAUUAUGUAGGCAAGCUGUUCGAUGAAAUGCCAGGAGACAAGUUUUGGUCUGAACUAAAAGCCAUCAGAUGGUGUCCUGUUUCUGUUGACCCACCUUUGACCGGACUUCCAUGGUUAGUGCCAGCUCAGCAAAUUGCAGCUCCGGAUACUGUCAGACCUAAAUCACAGAUGUGGCUCGCUUCAUCCAUGAUGCAUGUACUUGAUGGUGAAUGUAACUCAAUGUUUUUACAACGUAAGCUUGGGUGGACAGAUCGGUUACAUAUAAAAACUUUGACCAGUCAACUCAUUGGUCUAUCCAAAUCCUAUGCUGAAGUUAAGUCAGACCCUGAAUUUGAAGCUUCUCUACAAGAGCAUAUGCCAGUUCUUUACUCAAAUCUGCAAGAAUAUGUUGGCACUGAUGAGUUUGACCUUCUUAAAGCUUCUCUCAAUAAUGUUCCAUGGGUUUGGAUUGGAGAUGAUUUUGUAACUGUUGAAGCUCUUGCUUUUGAUUCACCUGUAAAAUACAGUCCAUACUUGUAUGUUGUCCCAUCUGAAUUAUCUGUUUUCAGAGAUUUGCUUCUUGCUCUUGGAGUCCGGCUUUCUUUUGACCUUUUUGACUAUGCUCAUGUUCUACUUCGGUUACAAAAAGAUGUGAAAGGGUCACCACUUUCAGAAGAUCAGUUGAGUUUUGUCCUUUGUGUUCUAGAAGCUGUUUCAGAUUGUCAAUCAGAGAGAUCAAUGUUUGAAUCUUCCAACACUCCAUUGUUGGUGCCUGAUUCUCGAGGGGUUCUCAUGGCUGCAAGGGAUGUGAUGUAUAAUGAUGCACCUUGGUUGGACAAUAAUACCCCUCUGGGAAAACAUAUCAUACACUCGAGUAUCAGUCAUGAUCUGGCUAACAGGCUAGGGAUUCAAUCCCUUCGUUCCAUCUCUUUAGUCAGUGAGGAAAUGACAAAAGAUUUACCCUGUAUGGACUAUGCAAAAAUCCAUGAUCUUCUUGAAUUAUAUGGAGGGAAAGAUUUCUUGUUAUAUGAUCUUAUUGAGCUUGCAGACUGCUGUAAAGCCAAAAAGCUUCAUAUAAUUUUUGACAAACGCCAACAUCCAUCACAGUCAUUGCUGCAACAAAAUUUAGGAGAUUUUCAAGGGCCUGCCAUUGUUGCUGUACUGGAAGGGGCAAGUUUGAGCAGAGAGGAAAUAUCUAGCCUCCAGUUUCUUCCUCCAUGGGGUUUAAGGGGUGAUAUGCUUAAUUAUGGAUUAGGGUUAAUGAGCUGUUAUUCUAUAACUGAUCUUCCUUCAGUUGUCUCUGGUGGCUUUUUAUAUAUGUUUGAUCCUUGUGGUAAAGCUUUUACUCUACCUUCAUCAAGUCAUUCUCCAGCUGCAAAGAUGUUUACUUUGACAGGUACCAAUUUGACUGAGCGAUUCCGUGAUCAGUUUAGUCCCAUGUUUAUUGGUCAAAAGGUUCCAUGGUCAUCAGACUCUACAGUUAUACGAAUGCCUAUUUCAUCAAAGUUCAUUGAAGAUGGAACUGAGUCUGAGUGGACAGAAAUAAAACUGAUAUUUGAAAAUUUCAUUAAGCAUGCCUCUAGAACACUUGUAUUUCUGAAGUCUGUUUCUGAGGUGUCCUUAUCAACAUGGGAAGAAAAGGAACCACAAUCUUCACAAGAUUUUUUAAUCUAUGUGGACUCAUCACAUGCAGCAUUAAGGAAUCCAUUUUCAGAAAAGAAAUGGAAGAAGUUCCAGCUAUCAAAUUUAUUUGGUACCUCAAGUUCUGCAGUCAAAUUACAUGUUGUAGACAUAAAUUUGCAUCAAAAUGGAACAAUGGUGGUGGACAGGUGGCUUGUUGUACUUAGCUUAGGUUCUGGACAAACAAGAAACAUGGCUCUUGAUAGGCGAUACCUAGCUUAUAAUCUGACACCUGUCGCUGGAGUAGCUAUACACAUAUUAAGAAACGGACAUCUUUCUGAAGCACAAUCAUUUUACUCCAUCAUGUCCCCUCUCCCUCUCUCUGAUAGCAUCACUAUGCCUGUAACUGUCCUAGGUUGUUUCCUAGUACGCCACAACCGAGGUCGUUACCUUUUCAUGUAUCAAGAUUCAGAAUCUUUGGUAAAAUCACAACCAGAUGCAGGGAAUCAGCUGAUUGAAGCCUGGAAUCGGGAACUUAUGACAUGCGUCCGUGAUUCCUAUGUUAGAUUAGUGUUGGAAAUGUUUAAAAUAAGAAGAGAUCCAUCCACUUCAACAUUGGAAUCAAGAGCAACACACGCGAUUCACAUGGCAUUGAACGCAUGUGGCACUCAGAUAUAUUCGUUUUGGCCUACUUCUAUUGACACUGAAGAUGCAAAUGGGACAAAGUCAAAAACCCUAAAAGCUGACUGGACUUGUGUGGUUGACCAAGUCAUCAGACCGUUUUACUCUCGCCUUGUUGACCUUCCUGUUUGGCAGCUUUAUUCUGGGAAUUUAGUCAAAGCUGAAGAGGGGAUGUUUCUUUCACAGCCUGGAAGUCGAAUGGGUGGAAACAUAUUACCUGCAACUGUUUGCUCUUUUGUAAAAGAACAUCAUCCGGUUUUUUCAGUCCCAUGGAAACUCGUGUCUGAAAUUCAAGCAAUCGGGUUCAACAUACGAGAAAUCAAACCGAAAAUGGUUCGUGAUCUUCUUAGAAUGUCUUCAACACCAAUUGCAAUACCAUCAAUCGAUACUUACGUGGAUGUUCUUGAGUAUUGUUUGUCAGAUAUUCAGCUUCUUGACCCAUCUGAGGAUCCGGAUAACAAUUCAGGACCCGGACUGGGUCCGGGCCCAUCGGGUUCUACUUCACCUAACCCAGGUGACCCGAUAGAAACACUCGCGAGUUUAGGAAAGGCUUUGUUUGAUUUCGGACGUGGGGUUGUUGAAGACAUGGGUCGGGGAAACGAAAGGUACAACACGGGCUUGGGCCUUGGUGGGCCCACUAGAGGCCCGGUGGAUCGUAGGUUUGUAAAAGUAGCAUCUGAGCUUAAAGGGUUACCAUGUCCUACUGCAAUAAGUCAUCUUUCUAAAUUGGGGGUAACCGAGCUUUGGGUUGGAAACAAACAGCAGCAAUCGUUAAUGGCCCGUUUGGGUUCGAAAUUUGUUCAUCCGAAUAUUUUGGAAAGACCGAUUUUGGCCCAAAUCUUUACAAAUGAUAAUUUAUUAUCGUUACUUAACCUGAAAAUCUUUUCGCCUCGUUUGCUAGCUGAUAACAUGAGGUCACUUUUUCAUGAAAAUUGGGUGAAUCAUGUUAUCAACUCGAGUGUAGCUCCUUGGUUUUCAUGGGAAAAUACCCGUGAAGGUGGGCCAUCUCCUGAUUGGACAAAACUCUUUUGGAGAAGUUUUAGUAAUUCGCAAGAUCUACCUCUCUUCUCUCAAUGGCCACUAGUUCCUGUUUUUCUGGGUCGACCCGUUUUAUGCCGGGUCAAACAUUGUAAUCUGGUAUUCAUCCCGCCCCAGUUACCCGAUUCAGAAUUGGAAAAUCCGGGUCUUGAAGAUGAUGAUGUGGCAUGUUUGGAUUCGUUGCCUGAAGAGAUUCGGCCAUAUAUGUUAGCAUAUAAAGUCACUGAUAAAAAACACCCAUGGUUGUACUCUUUGCUUAAUCAAUGCAACAUCCCGAUAGUUGACACUGCUUUCAUGGAAUUUGCUCCUCCACACAACUAUUUUCCGGUGGCCGGAAUCUCAUUGGGCCAAGCCAUAGCCGCCAAGCUUGUCGCCGGAAAAGCCGCUGGUUAUCUCCCGGAGCUCACCUCCUUUCCACCUUCCGAUUGCAACAACCUGUUCUCCCUUUUGGCUUCUGAUUUUUCAUCAAAUGGAUCCGAAUACACACAACAAGAUCUUGAAGUUCUUCGUGAUCUACCGAUUUACAAAACUGUUAUUGGAACAUACAGAAAGCUGAAUAUCCAGGAAACAUGUAUGAUCGGAUCAAAUACGUUUCUCAAACCGUACAACGAACAUUGCAUGUGGUACAACUCGGAGUCUUUCGAGAGUGGAUUGCUUCGAGCUCUUGGAGUAUCCGAGUUGCAAGAUAAACAGAUAUUGGUUAGAUUCGGGUUACCCGGUUUUGAAGAGAAGCCUCAUUCAGAACAGGAAGAUAUAUUGAUAUAUCUUUACAUGAAUUGGCAAGAACUCCAACAAGAUUCUUUAGUCAUUGAAGCCUUAAAAGAGACCAAAUUUGUAAGAAGUGCUGAUGAACAAUCGGGAGAUUUACACAAACCAAAAGACUUAUUUGACCCCGGUGAUUCGUUGCUAAAAUCGGUUUUUUCCAGUGAGGUUCAGAAGUUUCCAGGGGAGAGAUUUGUUUCAGAUGGAUGGCUUAAUGUGUUAAGAAAAACCGGGCUUCAAAACGCAAGUGAUCCGGAUAUUGUUCUAGAAUGUGCUAGAAGAGUCGAGUUUCUUGGAGCUGAAAGUAUGAAACCUUCUGGAUUUGUUGAUGAUUUUGAGGAGGAUUUUUCAGACACGAGAAUGGAGGUUUCUUUAGAGAUUUGGUCAUUAGCUGAGACUCUAGUGAGUGCAAUAUUUGCUAAUUUUGCUGUUCUUUAUGGCAACAAUUUCUGCAAUACACUUGGAAAGAUUGCAUGCAUUCCUGCAGAAAAAGGGUUCCCUUCUAUAAGUGGAAAGAAAGGUGGUAAAAGAGUGUUGUGUUCUUACAGUGAAGCCCUUGUGUUGAAAGACUGGCCCCUUGGAUGGAGUGUUGCUCCCAUUCUUUCCAAACAAAGUGUGGUUCCACCAGAGUAUGCGUGGGGAUCUCUUCAGCUGAAAACUCCUCCUCCUUUUACUACAGUUUUAAAACACCUUCAGGCUAUUGGAAGAAAUUUUGGUGAAGACACUCUGGCUCAUUGGCCUAAUGAAUCAGGUUUAAUAACUGUUGAGGAAGCUUCUUUUGAGGUUUUUAAGUAUCUUGACAAGAUUUGGGGGACAUUAUCUUCCUCAGAUUUAUCAGAGUUGAAGCGAGUGGCAUUCAUUCCAGCUGCUAACGGGACCCGUUUAGUGACUUCAAGCUCUCUUUUUGCCCGUUUGACAAUAAACCUUUCACCAUUUGCAUUUGAACUUCCUUCACGUUACCUCCCAUUCGUGAAGAUUCUAAAAGAACUUGGACUUCAAGACACAUUAUCAAUCUCUUGUGCAAUGGAUCUUCUUUCAGAUCUUCAAAAAUCUUGUGGAUAUCAACGUCUGAAUCCAAAUGAACUCCGUGCAGUGAUGGAAAUACUACAUUUCCUCUGUAAUGAAACCAUAGAGCUCCAGAAAUCAGAUAGAUCUAAAUGGGAAUCAGAGCUGAUUGUCCCUGAUGAUGGCUGCAGACUCGUUCAUGCAAAUUCAUGCGUUUACAUUGAUCCAUACGGGUCCCGGUAUGUGAAGUAUAUCGAUUCUUCAAGGCUUAGAUUCGUUCACCAUGAUGUUUCAGAAAAGCUGUGUUUAGCAUUCAGCAUUCGAAAGCUUUCAGAUGUUGUUGAAGAGGUUGCCAUAUUAAGUGUUCUCAACAGUGUACCUUUAACCACUUCCAAAACUCCAGAUUUGCAGACUUUACAACAAUCACUCGAAUCCAUUGCUAAAAAACUACAAUUCGUUCAAUCCAUCUACACACGUUUUUGGCUCCUUACAAAAUCCCAAGACAUCACACGUUCAUCAAAAGAUUCCAUAAUCCCAGAAUGGGAAUCCGGAUCCAGUCAUCGAUCACUUUACUAUGUUGACCGGUCAAACACCCGGUUACUAAUCGCGGACCCACCAAGUUACAUUUCGGUCCUUGACCUCGUUUCAAUUGUCGUGAGCCAUGUUUUAAGGUCGCCGGUCCCGCUUCCGAUUGCUUCCUUGUUUCUCUCUCCGGAAGGUUCCGAAACCGCACUUGUGAACAUCCUUAAACUUUCGUCCGAUGUAAGGGCGACAGGUGGCGUUGGUGGGUUUCUUGGGCGGGAGAUACUUCCACAAGAUGCAAUGCAAGUGCAGCUGCAUCCAUUAAGACCUUUUUACAAAGGGGAGAUAGUGGCGUGGAGGAGUCAAAAUGGAGAAAAGUUGAAGUACGGGAAGAUUCCAGAAGAUGUAAGGCCUUCAGCAGGACAAGCACUUUAUAGAUUCAAUCUUGAAAUGUCUCCAGGGAAAUUGGAAGCUGUUCUUUCUUCACAUGUCUUCUCUUUCAGAAGUUUAUCAAUCGGGAACAAUAAUAAUAAUAAUAGUAAUAUGAUCCCUGAAGAUAAUAGUAACAAUGUGGUUGAUACCACACAUAAGCAUGUUGAGAAACCAGAGAGUUCUAGUUCGAGGAAUCAGAAACAGAAACAGAAACAACCGAUUAAAGAACUGGAACAUGGGCGUGUGUCGCCUGAAGAAUUGGUACAAGCGGUACAAGAAAUGCUGUCAGCCGCCGGAAUCCGAAUGGACACAGAGAAGCAGUCGCUGCUCCAAACAACGUUGUCACUCCAAGAACGGUUGAAGGAAUCUCAAGCCACACUUUUGCUGGAACAGGAAAAAUCGGACAUGGCGAUAAAAGAAGCAGACACAGCGAAAGCAGCAUGGCUAUGUAGAAUAUGUUUGAGUAAUGAGAUUGAUAUCACAUUGGUUCCAUGUGGACACGUGUUAUGUCGUCGAUGCUCGUCUGCGGUUUCUCGGUGUCCGUUUUGUCGGUUGCAAGUUUCGAAGACAAUUAAAAUAUAUCGGCCUUGAAAGCAAAGGGUAUUAUAGUAGGAGUACAUAAUUCAAUUAUUUUGUAGGUCAUACCAUACGAUGUUAUUGCCUAUACGUUUUUGUGCAUAGUGAAAACGUAUUCUUGUGUAUGGGAAGUGGGAAGAGUUGAAUACACAAUUUUUGUAUAGUGGCUUUCAUCG